GCGGCGGCGGCGGCGGCGGCGGCGGCAGUGCCGGCCCAGUGGUGCCGCGGGAGGGCGCGGACUGCCUGCGCCACCGGCGGACGGGGCGCGCUGCCCUGCCGAUCCUGCAGCGGCUGCCAUGCGGCGGCAGCAUGAGGCCCAGACUGGUCGUACAGCAGCUCAUCAGACUGUUCAUCAUCGUGGUCUGCCUGACGCUGAUGGUGCCCGCCGACGGUCUCUGGUGGGCGAUUGGUUCGCCGCUGCUGAUGGACCCGAACAAGGUCUGCCGCCGACUGCGCCGUCUCAGAGGUCGGAGGUCGCGAAUCUGCCGCCGGCAGCCGGAGGUCGUCGAAGAGGUUCACAAGGGCGUUGCUAAGGCAACCAAGGAGUGCCAGUUCCAGUUCAAAGAUAGACGCUGGAACUGCAGCACCAAUAGGCGCAGCUUGAAGAAGAUUCUGUUGAAAGAUCUGAAGGAGACGGCGUACGUGAACGCCAUUACUUCUGCCGGCCUGGUGCAUGCCAUCACUGCCGGCUGCUCGAGGGGUCACAUGCCCGACUGCGCCUGUGAGGUGCCGACCACGGUUCGCUCGCCCACCGUGCACCCGGACUGGACCUGGGGAGGCUGCAGCGACAACGUCCACUAUGGCUACCGCAAGGCCCGCCAGUUCAUGGAGGCCCUCUUCAGGCGGCGCGCCGACGUCAAGACGCUCGUCAUGCUGCACAACAACGACGUCGGCAGGCUGGCGGUGCGGCGUCACAUGCGCGUGGUCUGCAAGUGCCACGGCCUGUCCGGCUCGUGCACUCUGCGCACCUGCUGGCGUAAGAUGCCUCUGUUCCGCGACGUGGGCUCCAUGCUUCUGGCCAGCUACGACAAGGCUGCACGUGUCGUGCCGGCCAACGAUGGCAAGAGCCUGCUCUCGGCCAGCGAGGGUCAGCCGGCUCCGGCGCGCAACACCCUCAUCUUCGCCGAGCGCGGUCCCGACUUCUGCCUUCCCAACCGGGCGCAGGGCAGCCUGGGCACGCGCGGCCGACGCUGCAACCGCGCCUCCGGCAACUGCCGCGAGCUGUGCUGCGGCCGCGGCUACAACACGCGCCAGAUGAACGUGACGGAGAACUGUAACUGCCGCUUCCAGUGGUGCUGCGAGGUGCACUGCGACCAGUGCACCGUGCUGGAGACCCUGCACUUUUGCCGGUGAUCCGCUGGGGGCGCUGGUGUAGCGCCGCGCCGCGCUGAGAGCGAGGCUCGGCAGGCCAGACGGCAGUGGUCCGUGGGGCGGAGGGCAGAGGGAGGAGGGGAGGGAGGAGAGAGGAGGGAGGAGAGCGGGCACUGGAUAUCGUCGGUCCCAGAGCGACCUCUCGGUCAGCUCGCGGCGGUGUGUGAUGACCCGUUUGAGCCCGAGCAGGGCGUUGGCUGCCUUCUUCGGCUGAGUGCGACCUUUCGCUGCCGGUCUGUGGCGAGGCUGUGUAUGGCCCGCGUCUGCUGAGACGUGUUAAUUAUAUUGGCAGCAGUGAGCGGUCUGGAGAGUGGCACGUGGGCUCUAAUUUACGUGCACCCGCGGUGCUCUGAAGAUACUGUGAAUCUUGAAUGUGCCUUGAUUGAGUCUCACUAUCAUUGUUAGUGGCAUUUCGUGAGAUGGAAAUAAUUAUGCGAACGAAUAAUUUUAAA